CUCUCCUUUACCUCUCUCUUUCUCUUCCUUUUAAUCCAACAAUACUACACAGCCAUUUCCUUUAUUCUCUCCUUUCUUGAUCAAUCUUCUUUGACUGCCGUAUAUCAGGUAUGAGUACUUCUGUAUUCUGAGGAAGAGUUUUCUGAAUUCAUUUUUUCUUUUCGCUUGAAAACUUUAAGAAAGAAAAUGAAAAAAAAUGAAGCAAGGCUUAUAGAAAAGAGCAGUACUUUAAAGCUGAGUUUAGUGCAUUUUUUUCUCCUUCCCAAACAGACUCUGUAACUUUACAUUCUUUCUUGAUCAUCUUCUGAACCAUGAAGUAUUGAUCUUGAAAUAUUGGUGUCAACUUGAUACUUUAGUACAACCAGCAAAAAACAGAUAAAUCGUUGAUGCGAGCCUUCUACUCUGUUUUUCUAUUUUCUAUAUGUUGUUUAAAAAAUCAUGUGAAAUAAUCAAAAGGUUUCUUAGACAAAAUAAAUGGUUAAACUGAAGUUUUUACAGUGGAAGAAAGUAAAUGUAUGUUGGGCUAUAGUAGUCGUGGAAGCUAACAUCUGUUUUUAAACCUCAGCCAACAGUAGUUUCCGCUGCAACUAUAGCCCAACACAUAUUUAUUCAGUCACACUAACAAAACUCCAUGUUUACCCAUUCAUUUGUUUUCUUAAAAACCCAAGUCUUUUCGUAAUUAUACUGCCACACCAUAUCAAAAUAAAAUGAAAAAGAAGUAACCCAGCAACAGUGAAUUAACCCAUAAUUUAUUUCACAGUACAUGAUCUUUUCUGAUUUGAAUUGAAAAAUGUGUUAUAAUUAUCUACUAAAGCUAUGUAAAUCGUGUGUAAUCUAUUCGAUCUCUAUAGAAAAAGAUUGUUUGUUUCUUAGCACUUGGAUGGACGGUCUCAGAUUUUCCUGAUUUCUGGUAUGUAUUGACUACUUAACUUGAUAGUUAAUUACUGCAUCCAGUAAACAACAGAGAAUUGUUUAUUCUUUACUUCAUUUUUCGUGUGUAAUCUAAUAUUCUCUAUAGAAAAAGAUUGUUUCAGUAGCUUUAUUGAUUACACACGAUUUAUUCUUAACUAGUAAUUCUAUAAACGAUGUGUAGAUCUGUAAUAAUCCAAUGAUCAAUACAACCGUUUGAAAGAUAUUUUAUGAAUAUGAAUGUAUGUGGAUGUGAUGCCAUAAGACUGCAGCCACCAGAUAUAUUAUGCAUAUAUGGCUCUGCUUUGUGGUCAAUUCUAACCCACAUCAUGACUGUCCAUCAUGUCCCACAAUACUGCAGCCCUAAGAUAUUUCUCUUUUGUGGUCCAUUCCAACCCACGUGACCGUCAUAUCUCUAAGGAAAGAUCUCCUACACUCAUAAUACAUUUGUUGCACUAACUUACAAGUAUGCAGAGAUGUUAAAAGUUUCUAUUAUUUUAUCUGAGUUCAAAUAAUAUUCAAACAUCCGGUGAGUGUUAUCUCAAAGUUACACUUGUUGCACCUUCAUUGGUUGGAAAUUGCAAAAUUGAAACCAAGGAUUGGUGGAUUAGAGAGUGCCAUAUGUCACAAAGAAAAACAAAAGCAGGAUCUUGAACUACCAAUAGGGUUGAAGAUUUGGAUAUCAGAAGAAGAAGCCUAGCUCAAAACCUACUAUAUAUGUGGUAUUAAAGUACGAUUCAUUUCCACCAGUACCAGAAGUUCAAGAACAAAGCUUGCUUUCUUUCUCAUUCAACAAUGGCCGCCUCAACCAUGGCUCUCUCCUCCCCAUCUUUCGCUGGCAAGGCAGUGCAGCUUGCUCCAUCAACCCCAGAGCUCGGUGUUGGUCGUGUCAGCAUGAGGAAAACCGCCAGCAAGUCUGUUUCCUCUGGAAGCCCAUGGUACGGUCCAGACCGUGUCAAGUAUUUGGGUCCAUUCUCUGGCGAGCCCCCGUCUUACCUUACAGGAGAAUUUCCAGGUGACUAUGGUUGGGACACUGCUGGGUUGUCAGCUGACCCAGAAACUUUUGCCAAGAACCGUGAGCUCGAAGUCAUCCACUCUAGGUGGGCAAUGCUUGGAGCCCUUGGAUGUGUCUUCCCUGAACUCUUGGCUCGCAAUGGAGUCAAAUUCGGCGAGGCUGUCUGGUUCAAGGCUGGAGCACAGAUCUUCAGUGAGGGUGGACUUGACUACUUGGGCAACCCAAGCUUGGUCCAUGCACAAAGCAUCCUGGCCAUCUGGGCUACACAGGUUAUCUUGAUGGGUGCCGUCGAGGGAUAUCGUAUUGCCGGUGGGCCACUAGGUGAGGUAACCGAUCCAAUUUACCCAGGUGGAAGCUUUGACCCACUUGGUCUUGCUGAUGACCCAGAGGCUUUUGCCGAGUUGAAGGUGAAGGAGCUCAAGAACGGUAGAUUGGCUAUGUUCUCCAUGUUUGGAUUCUUUGUGCAAGCCAUUGUGACAGGGAAGGGACCCUUGGAGAACCUGGCUGACCACCUUGCAGACCCCGUGAACAACAAUGCCUGGGCAUAUGCCACAAACUUUGUUCCUGGAAAGUGAGCUUUUGUAAAAGAAAUGUCAAAUUUUCCUUUUAGACUGAUGUUGGCGAUGUAAUUAUUUGUUUGUUUCAAAAAAUCAAUGGAGAGCUUGAUCUGAAUUUUGUGUUCUA